UUUUCUGUCAUGAGAAUUUCACAAAUGCUAAAAGACUUACAUUUUGCUCUAUUCCAGUGCCUGAUGACCUCUCCAUAGAAGAAAGAGAAGAGCUGUUAAAUAUUCGUCGCAGGAAAAAAGAACUGAUUGAUGAUAUUGAGAGAUUAAAAUUUGAAAUUGCCGAGGUUAUGACAGAAAUUGAUAAUCUGACUAGUGUAGAAGAAAGCAAAACUACACAAAGAAAUAAGCAAAUAGCCAUGGGAAGGAAGAAAUUCAACAUGGACCCUAAGAAGGGAAUACAGUUUCUGAUAGAAAAUGACCUCCUGCAGAACACUGCAGAAGACAUUGCACAGUUCCUUUAUAAAGGAGAAGGAUUAAAUAAAACAGUAAUUGGAGAUUACCUCGGUGAAAGAGAUGAAUUUAACAUUAAAGUUCUUCAGGCUUUUGUUGAACUCCAUGAGUUCGCUGAUCUCAAUCUUGUACAAGCCUUAAGGCAGUUUCUGUGGAGCUUCAGACUCCCAGGAGAGGCUCAAAAAAUUGAUCGUAUGAUGGAAGCUUUUGCUUCACGCUAUUGUCUUUGUAACCCAGGAGUCUUCCAGUCUACAGAUACAUGCUAUGUGCUUUCAUUUGCAAUCAUUAUGUUAAAUACCAGUCUACACAACCACAAUGUAAGAGAUAAACCAACAGUAGAGAGGUUUAUUUCCAUGAAUCGUGGAAUUAAUGAAGGUGGAGAUCUUCCAGAAGAACUACUACGGAAUUUAUAUGAAAGUAUUAAGAAUGAGCCAUUUAAAAUUCCAGAGGAUGAUGGAAAUGAUCUAACGCAUACAUUUUUUAAUCCAGAUAGAGAAGGUUGGCUGCUGAAAUUAGGGGGAAGAGUAAAAACGUGGAAACGGAGAUGGUUUAUUCUGACUGAUAAUUGCCUGUAUUACUUUGAAUACACAACAGACAAAGAACCUAGAGGAAUUAUUCCAUUAGAAAAUCUUAGCAUAAGAGAAGUUGAAGACCCUAGAAAACCAAACUGCUUUGAGCUCUAUAACCCCAGUCAUAAAGGUCAAGUCAUUAAAGCGUGUAAAACUGAAGCUGAUGGCAGAGUGGUGGAAGGCAACCAUGUUGUGUAUAGAAUAUCUGCUCCCACCCCAGAAGAGAAGGAAGAGUGGAUUAAAUCUAUCAAAGCAAGUAUCAGCAGGGAUCCCUUUUAUGAUAUGCUGGCAACAAGGAAACGAAGAAUUGCAAAUAAGAAAUAG